AUGUCGAAUAAUUAAACAUUCAAAGAUUUUCCAAAUUAAAGUCAUAUUGAAUUGAAAUUUAAUACAAAAGACCAACAUGGACUUGAAAAAGAAGAAGCCCUACAGAAGUAUAGAAGAAAUAUUAAUUUACUUACAAAAUUAUUUGCAUAUGAUGUAGACCAGCCAGAGUUGGAGAAAUAAAACGAUAUCCUUUAAUCCGAAAAACAAAAUGGAUAAUAUCAAAUAAAAACCCACCUUUUAGAAAGCAUGAGAUCAUCUCUAAUUCAUCUAUAAAACAGACACAAAGAGACUAUUGAAAUGUUUAAAAAAAAAAAUGAGUUAUUUAAAUAGAGAAUCAAUGAGGACAAUAAGAUAAACACUUAGGAAGAAUUUCAAUAGUUUAUUAACGAAUUGUAAUCUGAAGAUUUGCUUUGUGAUUCCCAUCCAUUUCUAGAUAAAAAAUCCUCAUUUUUCAUGCAAACUAAUCUAUAAUAACCUAUUUAAAUUAGCUAAGACUAGUGUUUAGAGUUAAAAGAAUAAUUAAAAGAUGAUUAAUGCAUUUUAUUAAGUUGACUUAUAAAUAUUUAUCUACAAAUCAAUUACAAAAAACUUGCAA